ACAUAUUUAUGAGGUAUUAUCUUACAAUUAUAUUUCUCUGUACUAAAUAUUAAUAUUACAAAACAAAUUGUUUUUUAAAUAAUUAUGACAUAAUCAUCAAAAGCAUCUGACAUUUCUACACACAGUUUCUAAACAUGUUCUGAUAAUAUCUAUAAUAUCUCUAAACAAUUGAUUUAACUGAAUAAUCUAAAUAAUUAUUGGCAGAAAUAAUCAAUUUAAAAAAUGCUUGUUUUAUUGAUUAAUAAGCAUUGUCAUACCAUUGAGGUAUUGAGUCAUAUUUAUGGCUAUAAUAAUGUAACGGCGCAAAGUAAACAGAGAGUUAAAGAUGGAUGAAAGAGCUUUGUUGAGCUAUUAUUAUUAUUAUUAUUAUUAUUAUUACAGCAGAUAAGCAGCAUUCGCUACACUUUUUAACAAUAUUCAGUUUCUAACAGCUGGGAAAUGUGUCCAUCAGGUCGUCCACCCCCAAUGUCGGACCUGUUCGUCCACCCCCAAUGUCGGACCUGUUCGUCCACCCCCAAUGUCGGACCUGGUCGUCCACCCCCCAGGUCGGACCUGUUCGUCCACCCCCAAUGUCGGACCUGUUCGUCCACCCCCCAAUGUCGGACCUGUUCGUCCACCCCCAAUGUCGGACCUGUUCGUCCACCCCCAAUGUCGGACCUGUUCGUCCACCCCCAAUGUCGGACCUGUUCGUCCACCCCCAAUGUCGGACCUGGUCGUCCACCCCCCAGGUCGGACCUGUUCGUCCACCCCCAAUGUCGGACCUGUUCGUCCACCCCCCAAUGUCGGACCUGGUCGUCCACCCCCAAUGUCGGACCUGGUCGUCCACCCCCCAGGUCGGACCUGGUCGUCCACCCCCAAUGUCGGACCUGGUCGUCCACCCCCAAUGUCGGACCUGUUCGUCCACCCCCAAUGUCGGACCUGGUCGUCCACCCCCCAGGUCGGACCUGGUCGUCCACCCCCAAUGUUCGACCUGGUCGUCCACCCCCAAUGUUCGACCUGGUCGUCCACCCCCCAGGUCGGACCUGGUCGUCCACCCCCAAUGUUCGACCUGGUCGUCCACCCCCAAUGUUCGACCUGGUCGUCCACCCCCCUGGUCGGACCAGGUCGUCCACCCCCAUGUCGGACCUGUUCGUCAACCCCCCAGGUCGGACCAGGUCGUCCACGCCCAAUGUCCGACCUGGUCGUCCACCCCCAGGUCGGACCAGGUCGUCCACCCUCCAGGUCGGACCAGGUCGUCCACCCCCAAUGUCCGACCUGGUCGUCCACCCCCAAUGUCGGACCUGGUCGUCCACCCCCCUGGUCGGACCUGGUCGUCCACCCCCAAUGUUCGACCUGGUCGUCCACCCCCAAUGUUCGACCUGGUCGUCCACCCCCAAUGUCGGACCUGGUCGUCCACCCCCAGGUCGGACCAGGUCGUCCACCCCCAAUGUCGGACCUGUUCGUCCACCCCCCAGGUCGGACCAGGUCGUCCACCCCCAAUGUCGGACCUGGUCGUCCACCCCCAGGUCCGACCUGGUUGUCCACCCCCAGGUCGGACCAGGUCGUCCACCCCCCAGGUCGGACCAGGUCGUCCACCCCCAAUGUCCGACCUGGUCGUCCACCCCCAAUGUUGGACAUGGUCGUCCACCCCCCUGGUCGGACCUGGUCGUCCACCCCCCUGGUCGGACCUGGUCGUCCACCCCCAAUGUCCGACCUGGUCGUCCACCCCCAAUGUCCGACCAGGUCGUCCACCCCCAAUGUCCGACCUGGUCGUCCACCCCCAGGUCGGACCAGGUCGUCCACCCCCAAUGUCCGACCUGGUCGUCCACCCCACAGGUCGGACCAGGUCGUCCACCCCCAAUGUCCGACCUGGUCGUCCACCCCCAAUGUCCGACCUGGUCGUCCACCCCCAAUGUCGGACCUGGUCGUCCACCCCCAAUGUCCGACCUGGUCGUCCAUCCCCCAGGUUGGACCUCGUUUAAAGUCCUUUUUUGUUGCCCAUGUUCUCCAUGUUCUACGCGUUAUUAAGGCCCUUUAUGUUAUGCCUAUUCUAAGUUCUCUAUGUUCUACUGACUGGGUCAGUGGUUAGCAGGUCCGUCUUUCAAUCGGGGUUGGCGGUUCAAUCCCCGCCCUAGUCCAUGUGUCCUUGAGCAAGAACCUUAACCCUGAUUUGUUCCUGUAGCUGUUCUACGCCGUAUGAAUGUAAGCUAAAUAAAAUGUAAUGUCAUUGAAGCCCUUUUAUGUUAGGCCUAUUCUAAGUUCUCCAUGUUCUAUGUGUCAUUGAAGCCCUUUGUUACACUUGUUCUCCAUGUUCUCCAUGUAAAUGAAGCUUUUUAUGUUACGCAUGUUCUACGUGUCAUUGAAGCCCUUUAUGGUACGCAUGUUCUAAGUUCUCCAUGUUCUACAUGUCAUUGAAGCCCUUUGUUACACUUGUUCUCUAUGUUCUCCAUGUAAAUGAAGCUUUUUAUGUUACGCAUGUUCUACGUGUCAUUGAAGCCCUUUAUGGUACGCAUGUUCUACGUUCUCCAUGUUCUACAUGUAAAUGAAGCCCUUUAUGUUCUACGUGUCAUUGAAGCCCUUUGUUACACUUGUUCUCCAUGUAAAUUAAACUCUUUAUGUUACGCAUGUUCUACGUGUCAUUGAAACCCUUUAUGGUACGCAUGUUCUACGUUCUCCAUGUUCUACGUGUCAUUGAAGCCCUUUAUGGUACGCAUGUUCUAUGUUCUCCAUGUUCUACGUGUCAUUGAAGCCCUUUAUUUUAUGCAUAUUCUACGUGUUAAUGAAGCUCUUUAUAUUCUAUGCGUCAUUGAACCCCUUUGUUACACAUGUUCUUCAUGUUCUACAUGUCAUUGAAGCCCUUUUUUAUGCAUGUUCUACGUGUCAAUGAAGCCCUUUUUUAUGCAUGUUCUACGUGUCAUUGAAGCCCUUUUUUAUGCAUGUUCUACGUGUUAUUGAAGCCCUUUACAUAUUGUAUGUUCGACAUUCUCCAGGUUCUACGUGUCAA